CUAAGCAAAACAAAGAAUUUCUAAUACAAGAGUUCUGUUAAAAAAAACAGAAAGAUGGAGCAGCUUUCGGGUGUUAUGAUAAUCAUCAUAAUUGGCGGCGGUGUGCUGACCUGUGUGAUGCUCUUCAUCUUUGCCAAGCGACAGAUAAUGCGAUUUACACUGCGUAGUCGCCGCGGUCCGCACGUCCCUGUGGGAACGGAUGCAAAGAAGGGACUCCGCCGUGAGAUCGAGCGUAGAUUGGAUUGCAUACAGAAAAUAGCACAGGAACCGAUGCUGCUGUGGACUGAUACGGACAAGUAUAUUGUGCAGCCGGAGCUUGAGUCGCAUCUGCCGCCCUACCAUUAUCGCAUGAAAGCCGUGGACGAUGUCAAAUUGCUGGAGUCGGAAAUUGCACGUGCUGAUGGAAGCACUCGUCAUGCACACGAGAGUUUACGCGCCUUUCUGCUAACUACGCUAUCGGUCACACUUCAUGGAACUGGGCAGCGAAAAAUACAUCAGUUCUGUGAUACAUACGAGCACGCGCGGCACGAUCCAAAUGAGUUUGGUAAGGAUGAGUACGAGGCUUACCAUCAUCUGCUGCUGAAGCUGCUGGAAGCUGCCAAGCAGCUAAAGAACUAUAAUUCAAGGAAGGCGUCACCAGCGCGCACGCCUCGCAAGCAGAAAAUGCACUCGCUUCUGGAUCCCGCACGCCUACGGCCGCCUCCGGCAGUUGAGCCACCCAGCAGCGAGUUGACAGCUGGUCAACAUGCCAAAGUGAACAUGACGCUGGGUCUACAGGGUGACGAGCUAGUGUCCGCGGAGCUAGCUACAAAUCCUCUGCAUUUACAAGCACCCGCCGAGCGAGAUCUCAUCAUACGCAAUCGUAUAAAGACACCCACGUUGGAUGACAUUGUGGUCGAUGCAACGGAUCAACAACAAGGCGGCGAUAAUGUCGCCAAUAAUACUAAUACUGACAACGAGAUCAUGAGCAUCUCUUCUGUUCAAUUUCAACGCAACUCUAGUGUAGUAUAAGGUUACUUCUUGUAUUUAAGUAUUUUAUUGAAAUCUAAAUUAAUUUACUUUAGCAGAA